AUGAAUGUGUCUGUGAUUCUCGGUGUGUUCGUCUGUGUGGCUGGACUGGUCAUGAACUCGCUGAGCACGUCUGUGUUCCUGAGACAAGACUGGCGUAAGAACACAGUGACUGUCACUCUCUUGUCUCUCACAGUGUACUUUUUCACCUGGCCUCGGUCCAUGUUCUACGACAUCUCCAGCUGCACCACCGUCCUGGUCUCCCUGGAGCGAUGUCUCUGCGUGGUGCUGCCUCUCAAGGUCAACUCUUUACUCACCCCAAGACGUGUAAAGAUGCUUUUGUUCCUCGUCUGGGGUGUGGGUUUAGCCACGUACAUUCCUGUGUUCUCCUCACAGUUUUUGGUCUGGAAGUCGGACCUUGCCACCAACAUGACUGUUCUGACGGUUGGGAUCACGAGCUACCGGUUGAAAGUAGAAACAGCUCAUAACAUCAUCAACACGUUAUUUCUACAAACUGUUUGUCAGGUCACGGUGGUUGUGAACACUGUUGUAAUGACCUCGGGCCUCAAUCGUUCUAAGAAAUUCCAGAAGCAUUCCGGGAAUAUGCGUACAGCGGAGACGUCCGAAGUAUCAUCUCCAGCUGCUGGACAAAACGAUGGUGAACCACCACCACCUGUCCACGUCAGUCGUUUACACAGAGAACUUCGUCAGGGCCACAAAACGACUGGAGAGUCACACGAGUUGAAGGGAGAGGGUAAGGUUGCGAAAAAAGGAAAAGUUAGUGGGACCUCCGCAAAAUACAAGAGAACAAUUAAAGUUGUAAGCGGUGUGUCAUGUCUUUUCAUCAUUUGCAAUACGCCGCUCUUGGUCGCCGUGUACAUGAAAAACCUGGCUCCGGGCUACGAUUUUGGACAAAAGCACCAAUACGAGUUUUUACUUACUCUCGACAUUGUUUUUCUCACCACAGCUGUCAAUGCUGCGUCAAACUUUAUGGUCUACACUGUGUUCAACAAAAAAUUCAGGGACGACUUACUGAGACUCUGCGGUGGGGAAAUGAAGUCUUAG